AAGAAGAAAAUAAUUGCAGAGCAGUCUGUGGAAGUGGUUUCAGAGUCAGUGCAGAGAAGGGGCUGGGCUGACUGGGAUCAUCCUGUGCCGGCUGAUUGGAUGCAGCUUCUGACCCGGAAACUGCUCAGAUCCAGAGAAGUGAGGAGCGAUAGAAAUCUAGACACCGGAGUAAGGGACUGAGAGAGACAGACACCGACAACGGGCAGAGUCUCCAUGUCCCCGGGCCCGGGCGGGAUGAGGCUCCGCCGCCUCUCCGGCCUCAGCCGCUACUCUCGGCAUCAGCAACUGCGGGAGUUCCUGCGGCCGGGGUCUGGGGCGGCUUCCCGGGAGGAGUCUCAGCCCCGUGCCCGGCUCCGCUGCUGCUCCCGCCGCCGCCUCUUUCUCCACCUGCCCCGGGACAACCGGCUGCUGAGCUUCGAGCCCAGCCCGGCCAGAGGCCCGGCUCCCAGACCCCUCGACAGGAGCUUCCCCGGGCCCGAGCAGCUGCUGGACGUGCUGGAGCUGGAGAGGCCUGGCCCGGGGAGCGGGGAGUCGGGGAGCUCCACCGCCGCCCUCAUCACCCAGCGCGGUCGGACCGAGCUCUGGAACUACCGGGAGGCCGUGGGCUGGCAGCUGCUGCAGGCCGCCGAACUCUGCUCCAGUCCCCAGGCUCGGCUGCUGUCGGCCGCCUGGGACGGGCACUCCAUCAGCUGGUGCGAAGAGAGGCCCCAGCCCUCCGCACCCCUUCAGCACUGCAUCUGCAGCCGGAGCCUGGGCCCCGGCCUCACCCUGGGGCCUGUCCGCACCCUCAUGCACAACAGCCCGGCCUACAGGCUGUAUGCGGCCGGCGAGGCCGUCUACCUGCUCCCCAGCAUCAGGCCCUAUCCUAGCAACUGCCCCAUCCCUAGCAACAAUCCCAGCAACUGCCCCUUCCCUAGCAACAGCUCCAUCCAUAGCAACAAUCCUAGCAACUGCCCCAUCCCUAGCAACAGCUCCAUCCAUAGCAACAAUCCCAGCAACUGCCCCAGCCCUAGCAACUGCCACAUCCCUACUAACUGCUCCAUGCACAACCUGGUCAAGUUCAUCCUAAUCUGGAGCCCCCAAGAAGAUACCUUGACUGUCACUUGCCUGGCCCGAGGACCCCUCAGCACCAGGAGGCUGCUCUACGAGGACUCUGAUUUCACGAGGCUUGUGGCGGAUGUUGCCGGCAUCUUGCCUUCCCUCCCGCUGCUGGAAAUCCGGGCGGUGUCCCCCUGCCCUACUGGGCUUCUAGUGGCUGAGUCCAGCGGAGAAGUCAGCUUGAUCCAAAAUGAUGGGACCGUUCGGCUCUUGUGCCACUUGAGCCAGAGCCCAGCAGCUGAGGGCUCGAUGAUGAUGGAACUAUGUGGGACUACUCUGGCCUGUACACUGGGCAGGACGCUACAACAUUUUGACACUGAGACAGGUAGGUUGGUGGAGGAGGCAACUCUGGAAGUCCAGCCGCUGGCCCUCAUACCCUACUGGGAAACGGGCGAGAUCCAACUGCUGGUAGAGGACGGCAUUUAUUCCCUUGGUAUUCACCCCGGUAACUCUAACAUCAAGUUGGGGUUCUGUUCAGGAAGCAGCCAGGUCCAGGAGAUGCUGGAGCAGCUGGUCUUGGAGGAAGCCUGCAAGUAUUACCAGAAAAGGAGCUUGAGCCGCAGCAGAUUAACAGUGCAGAAGCUGAAAAGUGAGGCAAUGUUCCAAGCACCUCUUACCCUCUGCUCCAUCUUGCAGAAUGAAUUCUAUCUCAGGAAGACUGGCCACUAUAAUCAGCAAACCUAUAUCAAGUUGCACAACAUCAUGGCUGGGGAAAUACAAAGCUAUGUCAACUUAGAGGAAGCCAAGUCCUGCUUGGUAAAUGGUUCAGAGAUUGAGGUGGCUGCUUACGUAGAGGAAAUAACUGAACAGGAGAUUCAGAGGUUGCUGCAUUGCCAGCUUGACAGAGAAGCUCUGGUCUACUUAAAUUCCAUUUUCAACACAUUCCCAAGGGAAGCAUGGAAGGCUGUUAAACGGACACUGCACCUGCACCAGAAUAGUGAAGGAUCCUUCUCUGCCAGAGCUACAGCUGACCUAUGGAGAGUGAUACUGAGCCCAGGUCUCCCACCAGACCAGUCACCCACCGCCAAUGGAGCAGUUCCAGUUUUCGAACUGAUCUGUCGUCUGCUGUACCAAUUCCAUCCUAAGUGGCUGCCAAUGUUCAUUGAGCUGACACAGCAGCACCUGGCCACUUUCCGGAACUAUGGGAACAGUGAGAGCUUGGAGAACAUUCCCCUAUACAAAAGGGCUUUGUCAGUCAUCCCAUCUGCCUGCACUGGUGGGGCUGGAGAUCCCACCGAAACAAUCAUUGAACUCCUGCUGUGCAGCAAGAGGCCAAAUGCAAUAAUCCAAGCGGUUCGGCUUCUGAUUGAGCGGGGAAUGUGGCAAAGGGCAGUACAGGCCACCAGCAGGUUCUCGCAACAAGGGCCUCUGCUAAAAAAGGAGCUCUUUGCUGCCAUGCUGGUCCAGGUCUCCCAGCACCGAGCUCUGGAUCCUUACCUGGAGGAGAUUUGGGAGCUGUGCCCUGAGGAUACCACGGCUGCAGACAUAUUGGACGUCGUCCUGGGAUCUGUGCCCUCGAGCUGUGAAUCUCGGCCGUACUCGAGUGAUGGUAACCAGCUGACCGUUGGGUUGCUGCGGCCACUACUCACCAAAGUGCUAACACAGGGUGAAGAUCGACAGUGGAUGGGCAUGGCUGAAGGGCCAAAGACACUGGUCUUCCCUCCGCCCACACCUCCCAGGCAGAAGAAAGCAGCUGAUCAGCCCAACCCUCUGAACAUUGAACCCAGCAUGGAGGCAAACAAGAUGUUGUGAGCACUACGGUACAAGCACUGAAAUACAAAAUGGUUUGCACUUUUUGCUUGGUGGUCGAGUCAGAAAUUUCCCCGAUGUACAAUUUAUAUUAUCCUGUUUAGAAAUGUGGAAAUUUUAUAAUAUUGCUGUACAUACUGAGGGUGAUGCCCAAUCAAGGACUGUGAGAACAAUAAUCUUUAUAAGCUCAACCCCUGUUGCUGAUAAUAUUUCUCAGAUAUGCUAACGCAGCAAGCAGACCAGAGGUGGUAUUUGUCCCAGGACAAGCAAUGCUGGGUGGGUAGCAGCCGCAGAAGUGAUCCUGCUCUGUUCUCUGACCAAGGCACCUUUCCUUUGAAGCAGGCUUUAAGUUGUUCUGCUGGUGCUUGCCCUGGAGAUUUUGUUUGUGCCCUGUCCUCCUCCUCAUCCUUGUUUUCAUUCGGUUAAUACCUGGCUUGAUUGAGAAAUGGAGUUUGGAAGAUUGAAGCACACCAUUGAGUCAUAUGUUAGAAACAUUGAGUAAUGUACAGAAAUGAUUAAAUGAAUGUGUUAUUUAUCUUAA